AUGAAAGUUGCGGUUAUUGGUUCUGGUGCAGCUGGUCUUAGCGCGACCUGGGCGUUGAAUGAAUACAGUGAUCAUGAGGUGCACCUGUACGAAUCUGAUGAUCGUGCAGGAGGGCAUGCCAACGCUGUACCGUUCAUCAGUAAAGACCAGGACGGAUGCGAGCAAGUAGCCUACGUGGACACGUACGCAUGCUUUCUCUUUAUUGUUUUUAACCCAUACACGUACCCCAACUUUCUGCGGUUCCUCAAAUUAUACCCCAGUAUCGAUCUCCUUCCAACACAGAUGUCAUUCAGCAUAUCACGAGACAACGGCGCGUUCGAAUGGGCCAGUGACAGCCUCGCGACGCUGUUCUGUCAACCGUGGCGGAUCUUCGACAUGACCCUCUGGCGCAUGCUAUACGAUAUUUUCAGAUUUAAUGCGUCCGCUAGGCGCCUCGUAAGCAGAUGGAAAAAGACGAACAUAGACGACUGUGACGACUGUUCCAUCGGCGAAUACCUGGAGCGAGGGGCGUACUCUGAUACGUUCCGUGACAAUUACUUGAUCCCCAUGACAGCAGCUAUCUGGAGUACUCCCCCCAGCACAUGUGUUUUGGAUUUCCCAGCGCGGACCCUAAUCCAGUUUAUGCAUAAUCAUUUUCUUCUUCAAUUAACAGGGAAGCCAUCAUGGUUGAUUUUCAAAGAUGGAAGGCAAGCGUAUAUCAAAAUGAUCCUCUCUAAGCUUGCUUCCUCGCGGUUACGUCUCUGCACCCCUGUGAAGUCGGUCAAGAAUGCUUCUUCCGGCGGGCAUGUAGUACUGACUACAGCGGAUGGUCGAGAAGAAGUUUAUGACCAUGUUAUUAUAGCUUGUCAUUCCGAUACAGCACUGUCGAUUCUCAAGGAAGGCGGUGAUAUUCGACCCGAAGAGGAGAAGAUACUAGGUAUGUUCAAGUGGAACAAGAACGAGUCUGUUCUACAUUCCGACACCAGGCUGCUUCCGAAGAAUCGUCUGGCAAAGUCAUGCUGGAACUACUUAACGUUCUCAGCUACGACGCCCGAUGGUCAAACGAAGGCGAACAGCGAUCAAGUCUCAGUGUGCGCUUUAUAUUUCUCGCGAUUCGACAUGAAUACCUUGCAACACAUUCCUGAGAAGAAACACGGGCCUGUGCUAGUUUCCAUCAACCCUCCGUUUGAGCCUGAGCUUAGCACUGUUCAAGGAAGAUGGACGUUCGAUCAUCCGGUCCUAGAUGGGAAUGCUAUUCGCGCUCAGCGAAUGCUCAGGACGAUCCAAGGAACCCGUGGGAUCACCUACGCUGGUGGAUACCACAAUUUCGGGUUCCAUGAGGAUGCUUUCACGUCGGGAUUAUUGGCUGCCACGACAUACAGUGGUCUGGACGCGAAGUUGCCGUUCGAGCUGGAGUUCGCGGAAGGGAGUCCCUGGGAUGAUGCGUCUAGGCAAAGGUCGGCCAAACGCGAUCUGUGCGCUGAAUGGCUGGCAAUGAUUUUCGAUGUCGUCCAAGCUGGCGGAGUAAAGUUCAUUAUUGGGACCGCCAGCUUGCUCCUCAUGGCACAUGCAGGGAUUAGCAAGGGUCAACUCCCAGUGUCGAAAUUGAAAUUGAUAAACAGUUUGUGGGGCUAG